AUGGCGUCUGUCCAGCAGUCUGCCGGCAUGCCGCAGCAGAAUCUCGGCCUGCCGCCAAACCUCACUCCCCAGCACAUCCAGGAAGUGUACCAGAAAUUUCGGCAGAUGCAAGAACAAGGUGUGCGCCACGAUGACCCGGAAUACCUCAAAGCUCACAACUUGCUGUCUGCCGUCCAACGGCAACAGGCAUACCAGAAGCAGCGCCAGAUGCAGAUGCUUCAUGCCCAGAGACAGCAGCAGCAGCCUCAGCAGCCUCAAAUGCCUCAACAGCCCCAGCAGAUUCCCCAGGCUCCUCCUCCUCAACAGCAACUGCAAGGCCCGCUGAAUGGCAUUGCUGAUUCCAAUGGAACAGAUGCAAACCCUACCGUUCCCAGUGCUACCACCACCCCGAAUCAAAAGAGUGCCUCUCAUGGAUCGCAAAGCUUCACUCCAGAACAACUGGCCACCCUGAGAAAUCAGAUACUGGCCUUCAAGAUGCUCUCCAAGAAUCUGGCUAUCCCCCAACGCGUCCAGCAGCAGCUUUUUGCAAAGAAGGCCGCUGGUGUUGACGGCGUUCUCAGUUCCGACCAAUCCGUGGACGGUACUGGUCGCGAUGUAGCUGGCGAAGCCGAGGCCACUGUCGAGAAGCUUAGAACCAUGUUCGAGACUUUCAAGAAUCCCUAUGAUCUUCUCGGUGGGUCUAUCAAUUACAACGACCACGCUGUGCGCCGGAAUCGGCUGAGGUUGCCUUGCAUAACUCCGCUGGGUAUCGAUCUUGACAAGGUCCGAGAGGACAGGGAAAUGAUCCUAUAUAACCGUAUCAACGCUCGAAAGGCAGAGUUGGCCAAGCUGCCUGCCAAUCUCGGUGCCUGGGACAGCGGUGAUGGUGAUUCACCUACCGCUGAUGACUCCCUCAAGCUCAAGGCCCUGAUCGAAUACAAGAUGCUCAACUUGCUCCCCAAGCAACGCGCGUUCCGUAGGCAGAUCCAGAACGAGAUGAUGCAUUUUGACUACCUUGCCAUGUCCGCCAAUAGGCCUGCUCACCGUCGCAUGAAGAAACAGUCCCUGCGCGAAGCCAGAGUCACUGAGAAACUUGAGAAACAGCAGCGCGAUGCUCGUGAGACCAAAGAGAAACAGAAGCAGUAUAACCAGCUGCAGGCCAUCCUUAAUCACGGUGCUGAUGUGCGCAAUGCUGGAACUGAGCAGCGUGGUCGCAUACAGAAACUUGGUCGUCUAAUGAUGGCCCACCACACCCACCUCGAACGUGAAGAACAGAAACGAGUAGAACGAACUGCCAAGCAGCGUCUCCAGGCUCUAAAGGCAAACGACGAGGAAACGUAUAUGAAACUGCUCGGACAGGCCAAAGAUUCCCGUAUUUCUCAUUUGCUCAAGCAGACCGAUGGUUUCUUGCGACAGCUUGCCGCAUCCGUUCGUUCUCAGCAGCGAAUGACGGCAGAGCGUUAUGGAGACGAAGACCAGAUUGACACCGAUGAGGACGUAGGCGACUCUGACGAAGAGGACGAGAGCCGAAAGGUUGACUACUACGCCGUUGCCCAUCGUAUCAAGGAGGAAGUCACCAUCCAACCAAGCAUCCUUGUUGGUGGUACGCUCAAGGAAUACCAGCUCCGUGGUCUGACCUGGAUGAUAUCUCUCUACAAUAACAACCUGAACGGUAUCUUGGCCGACGAGAUGGGUCUCGGUAAAACAAUUCAGACCAUCAGUUUAAUCACCUACCUGAUCGAAACCAAGAAGCAAAACGGUCCUUACCUUGUUAUUGUUCCCCUAAGUACCCUGACCAACUGGAAUCUCGAAUUCGAGAAAUGGGCUCCGUCUAUCUCUCGUAUCGUCUACAAGGGUCCACAGGUAACUCGAAAGCAACACCAGCAAGCCAUCCGAUGGGGUAACUUCCAAGUCCUUCUCACAACAUACGAAUUCAUCAUCAAGGACCGUCCUAUUCUCAGCAAAGUCAAGUGGCUACACAUGAUUGUCGACGAAGGUCACCGUAUGAAGAAUGCGGGAUCGAAGCUGAGUUUCACCCUGACCAACUACUAUCAGUCCCGGUACCGUUUGAUCUUGACUGGAACACCGCUACAAAACAAUCUGCCUGAGCUUUGGGCUCUGCUCAACUUCGCCCUCCCCAACAUCUUCAAGUCCGUCAAGUCGUUUGAUGAGUGGUUCAAUACCCCGUUCGCGAAUACGGGCAGUCAAGAUCGUAUGGAACUCACUGAAGAAGAGCAGUUGCUCGUCAUUCGUCGUCUUCACAAAGUCCUUCGUCCAUUCUUGCUCCGUCGUCUUAAGAAGGAUGUCGAGAAGGAUCUUCCCGAGAAGCAAGAACGUGUCAUCAGAUGCAGAUUCUCUGCCCUCCAGGCCAAACUAUACAAGCAGCUUGUCACCCACAACAAGCUUGCUGUAAGUGAUGGAAAGGGUGGAAAGACUCCCGUACGUGGUCUGAGUAAUAUGCUCAUGCAACUACGUAAACUCUGCAACCAUCCGUUUGUCUUUGACUCGGUAGAAGAAGAGUUGAACCCCGGCAAGGCUACGAACGACCUUAUCUGGCGUACUGCUGGUAAAUUCGAGCUGCUCGACCGAAUCCUUCCCAAAUUCCUUGCUUCGGGCCAUCGUGUCCUUAUGUUCUUCCAGAUGACGCAGAUUAUGAACAUCAUGGAAGAUUUCAUGCGAUUCCGUGGUAUGAAGUAUCUCCGUCUCGACGGUGCAACGAAAUCAGACGACAGAUCCGACCUGUUGAAACGUUUCAACGAACCCGGAUCAGAGUAUUUCUGUUUCCUCCUCUCUACCCGUGCCGGUGGUCUGGGUCUCAACCUGCAAACCGCCGAUACCGUCAUCAUUUACGACUCCGAUUGGAACCCUCACCAGGAUCUGCAGGCUCAGGAUCGUGCUCACAGAAUCGGUCAGAAGAAUGAAGUCCGUAUUCUCCGACUGAUCAGUUCCAACUCCGUCGAAGAACGAAUUCUCGAGCGUGCGCAGUUCAAGCUCGAUAUGGACGGCAAGGUUAUCCAGGCUGGUAAAUUCGACAAUAAAUCCACCAACGAGGAGCGAGACGCUCUGUUGCGUACUUUGCUUGAAACCGCCGAGAACGCAGACCAAAUUAACGACCAGGACGAGAUGGAUGAUGAUGACCUGAAUGAAAUCAUGGCCCGAUCCGAGGGCGAGUUUGCCCUUUUCCAAAAGCUUGAUGCAGAGCGUCAGAAAAAUUCAGAGUACGGCCCGGGACAUAAGUUGCCUCGUCUCCUUGGAGAAGAUGAGUUGCCGGACAUCUAUCUGACCGAAGAGAACCCUACGGCUCCUGCGGUCGAAGAGGUUGCUGGCCGUGGUGCUCGUGAACGCAAGAACGUGAAAUACGAUGACGGCUUGACGGAAGAGCAGUGGCUAACUGCUGUUGAUGGCGACGAAGAGACGCUUGAAGAGACGAUUGCCAAGAAUGAUGCUAGAAUGGAACGGUUACGCGCUAACCGUGAAAAGCGUCAGAGAAAAGCACAGGGUCUUGAUUCUUCGCCUGAACCGUCCCGAGAGACAUCCGCUACGCCACAGCAGAAGAAACGCCGCAAGGGACCCGUUCCUAAACGUAAGGCCGACGAGCCAAUAGAUGAUGCUCCAUCCAAGCGCAAGAAGGGCAAAGCCAACAAGGCCGCAGACUCGCUCACAAAUUCCGAACGAUCUACCUUACAGAGAAUACUUAACAGCGUCUACCAGACUCUCAUGGAUCUUGUGGAAGACGUCCCAGCCGACUCGGAAGAUAGUGAUGAUGAGCCAAUGACUCGCUCUGUGAUCGAACCGUUCAUGAAGCCACCGCCCAAAUCCCAGUAUCCAGACUACUACAUGAUCAUCCAGACGCCCAUGGCGAUGGACAUGAUCAAGAGAAAGAUCAACCGCGAAGAGUACUCUAGUCUCAAGGACUUCCGCGAGGACAUUCGUCUUCUUUGCACCAACGCCCGAACAUACAAUGAAGACGGAAGUAUACUCUUCCAAGACGCCAAUAACAUCGAGGCUACCUGCAACUCCGAGCUCAGAAAAGAGACCGAACAACACCCUGAAUUUGCUGAUUUUGACGACGCCGGUUCAUCCGUGGGAGAUGAAUAG